AUGUCUCUUAUUCGAUAUAAUCGUAUCCUAUUAUCACAUUUGACAUUAUCAAAACAAACACGAUUGAUUACUCCGAAGCAUCCUUCAUCGAUAAUAAUUCGUCAUGCAACAGAAAUUCGCUCACGAAAAAUAGUUCGAAAUGAUGGAAAUACAAAACAACGCAAGAAUACUGUCAAUCCAAUAGCACAAAUAAAAAAAUUGGCCAAGAUACUUUCAAAUGAAAAUUUGGAAGCAAUAUAUAAUCGUUUUGAUCCACUUCGUGAAGAUCCAUCGAAAGAUCCAGCUUUUCUUGAUCAAAUAGCGACAAUAAAAAAUCCGCUACAAAAUAUUAUUCAAUUAAAAGAUAACGAUAUUCGAUUUAGUAAUCGCAUAAUUAAAGCAAAAAAUCGACAAGAACGUUAUAAAAAAGGUUACGUUUUACUUGAAGGAAAACGUUUAAUUGCUGAUGCCAUUCAAGCCGGUGCUGAUCUUUUAACAAUAUUUACUACUGAUCAGCAAAUUCUAGAUACAAUUGAUUUCUCACCAACAGAUCUGAAUUUUACUGCUUAUCAAGUUUCACCAAGUGCAUUCCGUACAUGGUCAGAUGUACAAACAAGUCAAGGAGUUAUGGCAAUUUUUGCAAUGCCACGACCUGAUACUUGUUCAUUUCAACAACGCAUAACUCUUCCAAUAACUGUUAUUUGUGAUAAUGUUCGUGAUCCAGGAAAUAUGGGAACUAUUAUUCGAACAUGUGCUGCUGUUGGUUGUGAUCGUUUACUUGCAUUGAAAGGUUGUGUGGAUAUUUGGGAUCCAAAAGUUAUUCGUUCUGGUAUGGGAGCACAUUUUCGAUUACCUAUAAUCAAUGAUGUUGGAUGGGAAACAAUUACUAAUCAUAUACCAGAAAUGAGUAAGAUUUAUUUAGCUGAUCAUAAAUAUUCAUUUGAAGAAAAUAAAACCUUAUCAGAUAAUAAUCCAUCAAAACAAAUGUUUGAAGAAAUGCUUGAAAAACGAAAACAAAUCAAACGUUCCGAUAAAACUGAAGAUCGUUCAUAUUCAUUAUCAAAUAAUCGUUUUUUACCAUUAUAUAAAAAUAUUCCUAUUGAUUAUCAAUCAUUAUGGCAAGCAUUUUCAAAUAUAAAAUCAUCCGAUCAUUCGACAAUAAUUGUUGGUGGUGAAACAGAAGGUACAAGUCUUCAAGCAAGAAAAUUAACUAUUGAACAUGCUGGAAAAAUGGUUUAUAUCCCAUUAUUAAAUGAUGUUGAAAGUUUAAAUGUUGGAAUUGCAUUAAGUGUUAUUUUGAUUGAAUUAAGAAAAUCUUAUGAAGAUCUUGUUCAAAAAUCAUAUUUAAUCGAACAUAAAGAUGUUUAG